AUGAUAUCAAAUACUGAAAUAAAUAUAGAUGAAAUAUCCGACAAUCUCAUCUUUGAAGGAGUACCAUUUCGAUGUCGAUUAAGUUUUUAUGGACGAGGACAAAAUGCAAGUGUACCAACACUUGUUACUAAUAGAACCAAUUUACGUAAAGGCGAUUUAUUUGUUAUUAAUUUAAAUGAUGAUGGUACACAAAAACUUGUUAUGCAAGUUGAUGAAGAACGUCCUGGUCAAGCACAAAAUCCAGAAAUUUUUAUCGAUGAAUCAAUCAAACGAACAUUUUCUGUGAUAAGUUUUAUGAGAAAUUUUCAUACUAUACAAAAAGUAGCUGUAAAAGAGAAAUUUGCUCUAUAUCUAGUCGAAGUGCAGGUUAAAGAACAAUAUUUAAGUCGAGGUGAUAUGUGGCGAUUUUCUCGUAAAUUACUUAAUACAAAUGCUUACUUAAAAAAGUCAUUUGAUAUAUAUGGCAUGCGUGCUAUGGUUUAUGGUUUAUGGGUUGAUGCAGCACCCUAUCGUGUCUCGUCUGGUUAUAUAACAAAAGAUACAAAAAUUGUAUUUCGUUCAUUGAGUGCUUGUUGUACAAUAUUUUUACAAAUGUCUAAAGAAAUGUGGGAUUUUGAUCAUCAUGGUGAUACAUAUUAUGAAAAAGCUGUUGAUGGUUUUCUUGCUGAUUUAUUUACUCGAUGGAAGGCAAGAUAA